CUAGUGGCGCGCAGAUCCAGCGCAAUUUCGCACUAGACGCGCCCAGCAUUUCGGCAUUUCAGUUCCCUCCCCAGUCCCCCCUCCCAUUCCGUCUCCGCCUCCCCUCCAGUCCACCACGCCAUGCAACCGCCGCCGCCCACCGGCGACGCGCUCGCGGAGUGCCUCCGCCUCCUGGCCGACCUCCCCGCCGCGGCCGCCUCCUCCCCGGCCUUCCGCCGCCACUGGCCCUCCAUCUCCGCCUCCGUCUCCUCGCUCUCCGCCUCGCUCUCCCACCCCGCCUUCCCGCCCUCCGCGCCGCUGCUCUCCCCCCUCGCCUCCGCCCUCGGGGCCCUCCUCUCCGUCUGCGGCGGCCCUGCCCUCGGCCACCUCCACACCGUCUCGCUCCUCUCCUCGUCCGCCGCCUCGCUCUCCCAGCUCGCGGCCGACGCGCGCCUGCUCGUCUCCCCGUCCCCCGCCGGGGGCGAAGGCGGCGGCUCCGACAGCCUGCUCCCCCGCCUCCGGCUCGGCUCCGCCGUCUCCCGCGCCGCCGCGCUCGACUCGCUCGCCGAGUCCGUCGGGUCCCUCCCGGCGUCGCACUCCGCCGCCGCCGUCUCCGCGGUCGCCGCGAUGCUCGACUCCGGCGACCUCCUCCCGGCCUCCCGCGACAAGGCCGUGUCCGUGCUCGCCGCCUUCGCGUCCUCCGACGCCGGCUGCCUGUUCCUGGCCCAGGAGUCGGGCACCGUCGUGCCCCACCUCUGCCGCGCGCUCGAGUCCGGCGGUGCCAGCGCGGAGCAGGCGUGCGUCGCCCUGGAGCCGCUCACCGCCUCGUCGCGGGACGCGGCGGCGGCCGUCUCGGCGCGCGGCGGCGUGGCCGCGCUCCUCGUGGCCUGCGCCGCCGGCACCCCGGCGUCGCAGGCCGCCGCCGCGGGCGUGCUCCGGAACAUCGCCGCGUUCCCGGACCUGCUCCCCGCGUUCCGCGACGAGGGCGCGCUCCCGCUGAUCGUGCAGCUCGUCUCGCUCGGCACUCCGCGGACGCAGGAGCUCGCGCUCGGCUGCCUCCAGAACUUGACGGCCAGCGACGACGACGAGGGGCAGAGGCUCAAGGUCGAGGCUUUCCAGGAAGGCGCGCUCGGCUGCGUGAAAGACUUCCUGGAGUCCUGCCGCGGCGACGCGCCGGGCCUCGCGCCGGCGUUCGGGCUCCUCCGCAACAUGGCCACCUUCCGCUACAUCGCCGAGAUAGCCGUGUCCGCCGGCUUCGUGAGCCACGUCCUGGCCGCGCUGGGCAGCGACAGGGCGAGCACCCGGACAGAGGCCGCCAUGGCGCUGGCGGAGCUGUGCAGCGUGAGCAGCAGCAGCAAGGCGAGGAAGGAGGCCGGGGGCGCGAUGCCGAGGCUGAUCUGGAUGCUGGAGGCCAAGGCCGUGGGCGAGAGGGACGCCGCGGCGAGGGCGCUGGCCACACUCGUCGUCGCGGCAAGCAGCCACCGGAAGGCGUUCAAGAAGGACGAGAUGGGCAUCGUGAACGCGGUCCAGCUGCUGGACCCGGCCGUCCGGGGCGCCGACAAGCGGUUCCCCGUUUCCCUUCUGCUGGCCGUGGCGCAGUCCCGGCGGUGCCGGAAGCAGAUGGUGGCCGCGGGCGCGUGCGGGUUCCUGCAGGAGCUCCUGGCCGCGGAGGUGGACGGCGCCAAGAAGCUCUCCGAGUGCCUCGGCCGGGGCAAGAUGCUCGGCGUGUUCCCCCGGACAUAACAUGCCGGCGCCGGCGAUCAUUGCCUGAGCCUUGUACGUAUGCGCUUCAACCCACGGUUCUCCUUCUCUGUAUGAAGGAAUCUCUGUAUAUGUUGUUGUGUUUCAUAAUUCAUAGCUUAGAUUGAGACGAAGACGAUGAGUGCUUCAGCGAGUGUGGUUAAACCCAAUAAGAACACGGCCAAGAUUGUAACUAAUCUCUGAUGUGAGCUUGCGAAGAAAUGAACCGAAUCAGUUGUUUUUGUCA